AUGCCGCCAAUUCGAACUUCUCUUCCAGCAUCCCUCGCACCUCGGUCGCGAUUGUCUAUCCUCCGAUGUGUUCGGGCGCAUCGACUCAUCUCGCCCUCACCCUUCAUUACGACGUCGCCCCCAAAGCCGUCAACUACCGGCCCUCCACGUGCGCGGGCACUGGACGGUUCUGGAGACUAUCAGCCCAAGCAGCAACCACCAGCAUCUCCGGCCUUGUCUACCGCCUCCACCGCAGACGGAGACGACGACGCAGACCUUGAGUCUUCGCCUCCUGCCCCGGAACUCCCAGCGCCAAAGCUGCCUGACCGAAUUUCGGCCCUGCUCCAAUCGCCAACCCGAGCAACCGACGACGUCUUCGAGACGGCCAGCUGGGGCUCACCCUACCCCCCGCACGACCGCAACGUACGUCGUCAGAGUUCCAGCAGCGACCUCUCCGAGGACUCGCCAAUUCACCACCUGGACAUCGACACCCCGUUUCUUCGCCCAGCUCCUCAGUUCCCGCUACAGGUUGACACUGAGGCCCGCGAGCCGCUGAGCGCCGCUGCCGCCGUUCUCGCCAACCGGGUCAGGCGCAGCAACAGAGGACUCACCGAGGACUGGAUCCGCGCGCACACCGCUGCCGGAGAAGGAAACAUCGAACCCCGUCUCUGGCUCAGCGACGGAAGCGAUAGCGAGCACUCUUCAUUGAGCGGCUCCGAAUUAGCCUGGCUAGGCGAGCUUACUCCUAGAGCCGUCAAGGCUGCUCAGGCUGCCAAAAAGCACACGCGACAACCACGCGCAAGUGCCAGCAACGAAACUCUCAAGCCUUCCAAGGGAAAGAGUAUCAAGCUGGGUAACUCAACGAGUAUGGCGGCAGAAUCAGAGCUCAUGCUUGAGCCAGCCUCCAAGGCCCCUCCCCAGCGCAACGAGGCCAGCGCCCAGUCUGCUGAGGAGGGACAGAUCACGUCAGAACAUGCGACAAAUGCGGGCUCGAGGCCGCCAUCAGAACCUUCACACAAAUUGGCUGACAAGCCCGCCAAAGCCGCCGCGGAGACUCUGGCCGCGACCUCUAUUCCCUCGACGCCAAAGAGAGUGAAGGAAAAGCCUCUACCGAAAGAGCCUCCCAUGACACCAAGAAUCAAGAAAAAGGUUCCCUGGAAAGGGAAAAAUAUCAUGAUAUUAGUCCCUCGCGAUGACGACCGUGGUAAGCCUAGCAAGACCCCCAUGCCGCUGCGCCCUGAUGAGAUUGAGCGCAUGUUUGCCUCUUGGAAGGAACUUGGAUACAACGUGGACGGUUUCGAUCUUGUAGUCAAAGACUACCAGCCCCUCGGCACCGACGACUCUCAGAGUCGAGACUGCUGGCCCUCCACCGACGAUUUGACCAAGGAGCGAUCGAGCCGUCACUACCCGGUCAAUCUGCCAGACCUGAACGCAUGGAAGAACUACGUCCAAGAGCUCCAAGAAGCCAAACUCAGAGCGCUUGGCGUUUCUGAUGCUACUGAGGAACCCCCUGUACCAUCCAUAUCGCCGUCGCUUACUAUUCCUUCGCGACAAGCUUCCGCGCAAUACCCUCCGCUGCCUUUCUCGCCACCGAUUCCCACUUCGUCCGCGUCCAGCAACCCUGGCUUCAACUUCCAAUCACAACUGCUCUCUGGCACUACAACAACAACCCAGAGCCCUGCAAUUGCUUCUCCGAUUCCCUUUGGGCAAGUACAGGGCAAGUUCAACCCUCGUCAGUCUAUCUCUUUACCAACAGGCAACUCUCCCUUCCAGUUGUCGAAUGUUCAAGGGUGGCAGAACCAAGCCGGCAUUUUGCAAAGCCUUGCUCGCAUCGAUUCACCGCUUCUCAGUCUGAAUGGAAUUGUCUCGCCACAGUCUCCCUAUGAUCUGGACGGCUUUCCCAUUUCGGCAAGCCCUGCCUUCAACGCUCACCAAAGACACCAGUCUUUGCAGUACUUUCCUCAACACAUCUCUAGGGCGUCGCCUCACCUGCAGCAAGUGCGCGAGGAUGAGGAAGAAGAGGUGGAUGACUAUGCUAAGAGCCCUUCCAAGACACCAGAGCCCACCAAGACGCAUCAGCCCUCAAUGCAGGCUGAAAUGCAGGACGCUCAAUAUCACCUGGAGGAGCAGCUGCGCAAUCAGCUCGAACAUGAGGACUACAACCCGCAGGCCCAAGGAAACUCUGCCACCAACCAUGAGAAUCUCGCUUUGGCCCACGACCGCCAAGCCUCUGGCAAUUUGGCUGUUUCUGAACACUUUGCUAAUGACCAAGUCAAGCCUGUCGUCCUUCAUCAUCCCCGUCCUCAUAGCCGUGGCCAAUCUCUGACGCAAACCUUUUUCCGAGAUCACGAUGUUCAGGCUGAUGGAUCCACGUUUGGCCGGCUCAACGGCAUCCCCGAGUCUAACAAGCCCGAGGGCGACGAGGCUUAUGAGAUUGAGACAAACCCUAGCGACUUGGGCACUCCUGUGCAAAACUUUGACUUUCCCGCCAUGCUUCAUCAACAUCAGAAGACACUGUCGACUGCAAGCAACCCUUGGAACAAUGUGAAUGAAUCUGUCGAGGCUCCUGAGCAUGAGAGGAAACCAUCGACAUCGAAGCUCAACGUUAAGGCGCCUGAGUUCAAGUUCAAUCCUACAAGCAAUUUUACUCCUGGCUUGUUCAAUUUCUCCUCUGCUGCGACUUUCCAGCCUGGCGCAGCAAGCUUCCAACCUGCAGUCCUCCAGGCUGGCGUCAGCGACUACGUUGAGCCUGCUCCUCCUGUUGCCCAGUUUGGCAGCAACAGUUUCGGUUUCGCCGCUGGCUCUCCAUCACUUAACCCAGACCAGAGCGAAUUCAGCUUUUCCACUUCGGGACCCAAGUUCAGACCUGACGCCCCGUCCUUUACCCCCUUCCAGUCACUGUCCAGCUCAGUCAAAAUCCCUCGCAAAGGGCACCAAGGGCGCACAGACUCUAUCUUUGGGGACAUUAACAUUGACACGAGCGAAAUGGUCCGCCCGGUCCGCAAAUCAAAGGCCAUUCCCAUCAUCCGACCGUCUAGCAGAGGGUCUGCCGAGUUGCCCCUUUUGGGUGUUGCCGAAGAAUCUGGCGAGGAUGAAAUGGAUAGCGAUGGCCGCCCCCUUCAGGAUGAAUCGAGAGCCAAGCGCGCAAAGUCUCUGGCGCCAGAAAGCCAGGAUGUCGCCUCAUUUGCUCAGAUGCCUCUUACUAGCAUCUCGGAGAGUACCAAUGAUAACGCCCUAUUCAUUGACACAUCAAUGUCGUCCGCUGGUACUCGGGACGUUGUAGAGACUGAUCAGACUACCGCCGCUCCUUCUGAGACUUCGCCGGCUACAAAUACACAUGAGUGGCAACCCCUCCAGGCCAAAAAGGAUGCUGUCAUUAACAGCCACAAGGCCCAACAUUCUGCCGAGCUCAAGUCGAAGAAGCACGCUCAUAAGAGAAACUCGCUCUCUGCUACUGCCAUCCCGUUCUCGCCUGGAGCUCUCUCCUAUGGAGAGGAGUCACCUGCGACAUUAACCCGUGCAGAGCCAAGCCCUGUAAAGAUGACGCACUCCGGUUCUAUCUCCGAGCUUAAGAAAGACUCCCCGAAGGUCUCUGACGAGUCUCAAUUCUCUUCGCCGAUGCCUUCUGCUAAGCCGAAGGGCCUCAAAGCCUCUCGCUUUGCGCAUGUCGAGGCCAUCCCCGCCGCCGCGACUCCUGCCCCUGCUCCUUCCUCUUCUCCCGCCCCUGCUCCUGUUCUUACCUCUGCACCGGAGCCCGAACAGCCUGAAUCCGAACAGCCUGGAUCCGAACAGCCUGGAUCCGAACAGCCUGGAUCCGAACAGCCUGAAUCCGAACAGCCUGAAUACAAACAGGAUACCGUCCAACCCACAGCCACCGAUGUCAUACCAUCUAUUGAGGCUCAAAACACCCUGGUUGACCUCAGCGAAGAGUCCGUUAAGACCGAUGCCAAGGCAGAUGAGCCAACCUUUGAGGAGAUUGACGCCGUCAUGCAGCAAAUGGAGAUCGAUCCUACCAUGGGUGUUAAGAAGAAGCCCUUGGAAAAAUCGAUCUGGAAUCAACCCACUCCAGUUGCCAGCCGCCAGGCCUCGUACACGCUUCGCCCCGCUGUACACGACUUUGUCCCCCAAUUCAACCAGCCAGUUCCUCCUUACCCCAAGGACCCUCAACUGGAGGACCCUUUCAUUGACCCGCCCAGCGCCUGGGACAAUGGACAACAACAUGAGGCUAUGCCUCCCAGUGACUGGGAAGGUGCUUUCUCAGAGGAUGAGCAUUCCAAGCUUGAGAGCAGGACACAGUUCUUUGACGGCAGAGUCAACGAGAUUGUUGGUAACUUGUUGACGUCCCGCCUUGAGCCUAUGGAGAGAACUCUGCUCUCGAUCCAAUCCGUCCUCGCCAGCAAGAGUCGUCGCGCUCCCUCCUCGCGCCGCGACAUCAGAAGUACAACUGGUGAAAACCAGGAAAGCGAUGCUGAUGACGAGGAUGACGAGCUGAUCGUGAAUCGCUCCAUGAGCCCGCGCAGAGACCGCCGCAUGGAUCAAAUCCGCGUCGCCAUAGCUGAGGCUUUAGCCGCACAGAAUGUCCAAGCCCCGAUCGAGACGCCACCUGUCGAUCACACGGCCAUCUUGACUUCACUUGAAGAGAUGAAGGCUCAUAUGAGCACACUCGCCAGCGCAUCGCACCUUGACCGUGAAGUAGAGGACGAAAAUGACGAGGACAUUCGGCCUAGCACAUCCAAGUCUGAUGAUGCUAUUCUCGCCAAACUGGAUGAACUGCAGACAAAGAAUAUUGAUCUGGAACAGCGCUUGCAAUUCGAGCAGCACAAGAUUGAGAAGGAAGUUCAGGAACGUCGUGAGGCGGAAGAUGCUGCUGCUGAGCUUAACCGUAAGCUAAACGCUGCCGAAACCCGCGUCGAGGUUGAGAUCAUCAACAAGAGUGUCUAUGACCAACGCGUGGCGGAUCUUGAAGAGCGCCUCAGGCUGCAGGAAGAGAAGACGGAGGAAGAGCUUAAACAACGCCGCCUUCUCGAGGACAAACUCUGUGAUGUGCAGCGCCAGCUCAAGCAUGCUUCCGAGGAGGAAAGUCGUCUUACCGAGACCCUUGAGGAGCGUGAUCGCAGAAUCAAAGAGUUAGAGCAAACUGCUGGCAAGAAAGCGAUGCGCAUGACUCUGCUAGAAGCCGCUUCCAACAACGCGAGCCAGUCCCAAAGUGAGAUGACGAACAAACUCAAUGCUCUCGAAGGCGACCUAAAGGAGGUCCGCCAAGACAACACACAUUGGCGCACCGAGGCUGAGCGAGCUGACGAGAAUGCUCGUCGCAGUGCGGGCGAGCUUGCGGUUGUCCGUGACGAGAACAAGAGCCUCCAACAGACCAUACAAACCCUCACUUCUCAGUUGCAAGAAAAUGAGCGCCUUCGUGAAUCCUGGCGAGGCAAGUUUAUGUCCCUCCAAGAAGACAUGGCAAAUGCUGCUCGCGAGGUCGCUGAGGAGAGUGCCAGGCGCAUCAAGAAAGACCAGGCUAUGCUUGCCCGCCAAGAAGUGUUGGAUGCCAGAUUGCAGGCUGAGGCCAAGACGCGCGAGCGCUUGGAGGUUGAGAUGGAACGCCUUCAGACCAACGAAAGAAGCGGCAUGCGCGCACUCAAUGAAUGCACGCGCCUUGAGGGGAUCCUUGGUGAGCUCCGUACUGAGAAAGAUAAGCUCCAGCAGACUGCUUCGCGCUACUUGCGCGAGUUUGAGGAGGCCAGAGAAUCCGGUGCCAGCGAAGUCAAACGCACCAGAAUUGCCAUGCAGACAGAGAUCGACAACGCCAACCACCAGGUCAAUGUUGUCCGACAAGAGCUUGAGGAACAAAACGCCAAGCUUCGCGCUGAGGUUGACAACAUCAGACUCGAGGCUGACACUUCCAAAGCACGCAAUGAAAUGCUUAUGGAAGAAGAGCAGACCACCAAGGCCAAGCUCUUGGAGGAACUGGAACGUAAGCAUCAGAACGAAGUCGAGGAUAUGCAAACCCGCUACGAGCGCCAAAUCAACAAUGCUGCCGAGGACAGUCAACGAGCCGAGGAGGCCCUUUUGGAGCGCCUCAGCCUAUCCUCGUCCAAGAUCGACCAUCUCAAGGACCGCGUUCUGCACCUCGAGGACAAGCUCGAAAUCUCCAAGCAAGCUGCUGCCGCUGCCGCUCAGGCUGCCAAGGCUGCUGUUGCCCCGGUCGCUGCCCCUGUUGCUGCUGCUCGCACUGCAGUCGCUUCUCAGUUGCCCGAAAAGAUCUCACCCCAGGCACUACGCGAAUCCAUCAUGGUCCUCCAAGAGCAGCUCCAAGCUCGCGAGCAGCGCAUCGAAGAGCUUGAGCAGGACGUUGCCAAGCUGGACCCCGAAGGACCUACCAAGAUUUCGAAGCGUGAUGACGAAAUUACCUGGCUGCGUGAACUCCUUGCUGUGAGACACAGCGAUCUGCAGGACAUCAUCACGGCCCUGGCUGUCGACUCGUUUGAUCGCGAGAGAGUCAAGGACGCCGCCAUAAGACUCAAAGCCAACCUGCAGAUGGAGGAGCAAGAGCGCGAACGAGCCGUUAAUGGUGGCUCGGCCAUCACCCUGCCCAACAUUGCUCAGAGUAUCCAGGCCGCCACCCCGCGCGUCGCUCAGACCAUUGGCUCCGGCAUCAAUGCGCUCGACCGAUGGAGGAAGUCAAGCCAGCCCUCAUCGUUCUUUAGCGUGCUCAACACGCCGACGAAGAGCAGGACGCGAAGCAGGAGCGGGCUACUAACACCACCUACAGCUCGCGAGGUUGAGGGGGCUGAAGACCUUAAUCACGACUUUUUUGAGGAUUAA